UUUGCUAUCGAGGGCUUGUGCAUCUGUUUCACUGUCUGAAAAACAAUGAAGACCAGCGGGUCAGCUACCGAAAACACGGUAGCAUGAACAUCACGGAAAGGGUUCGCGAGGCAAGAACUGAUAUCGACACGUUUCUGCUUUUUUGUUUUUUUAACAACCGAAUUCGCAAUCCUCACUGACCGAGUCGGGUAUAACCACCGUUCGCAAUGGGGAAGGAGGUGAACGGGGUUUCACGGAGUCGUUUUGACAUGUUUUCAAACAGCGAUGAGGCUGUCAUCAAUAAGAAGCUGCCAAAGGAACUGUUGCUACGAAUCUUCUCUUUCCUGGAUGUUGUGACACUUUGCCGUUGUGCCCAAGUCUCUCGGUCAUGGAAUGUGUUAGCUCUGGAUGGCAGUAACUGGCAGCGCAUCGACCUCUUUGACUUCCAGAGGGAUAUUGAGGGUCGUGUGGUGGAAAACAUUUCAAAACGCUGCGGAGGUUUCUUAAGAAAACUAAGUCUUAGAGGUUGUCUUGGAGUAGGAGACAGCGCACUCAGAACAUUUGCCCAGAACUGCAGGAACAUAGAGCUUCUUAGUCUCAACGGCUGUACCAAGAUCACUGACAGCACAUGUAAUAGCCUCAGUAAAUUCUGUCCCAAACUGAAACAUCUGGACUUAGCCUCCUGCACCUCAAUCACAAACCUGUCACUCAAAGCACUCAGUGAGGGUUGUCCUUUGCUGGAACAGUUGAAUAUCUCGUGGUGUGAUCAGGUGACCAAAGAUGGCGUUCAGGCUCUGGUUCGCUGCUGCCCGGGACUCAAGGGCCUGUUCCUAAAAGGCUGCACGCAGCUGGAAGAUGAAGCCCUGAAGCACAUUGGAACACAUUGUCCAGACCUGGUCACUCUUAACCUGCAAACUUGUUCACAGAUCACAGAUGAGGGUUUGAUAACCAUUUGUAGAGGUUGUCACCGCCUGCAGUCUCUGUGUGUGUCCGGCUGCGCUAACAUCACUGACGCUAUUCUCAACGCCCUGGGUCAAAACUGCCCCCGCCUCAGAAUAUUAGAAGUAGCUCGCUGUUCUCAACUCACAGAUGUAGGCUUCACCACAUUAGCAAGGAAUUGUCAUGAGCUGGAAAAGAUGGAUUUAGAAGAGUGUGUUCAGAUUACAGAUGCUACACUUAUCCAGCUGUCCAUACACUGCCCUCGUCUACAAGUUUUGAGUUUGUCUCACUGUGAGCUGAUAACCGACGACGGGAUACGGCACCUGGGCAGCGGCCCCUGUGCCCACGACCGACUGGAGGUCAUCGAGCUGGACAACUGCCCCCUCAUCACAGACGCUUCACUGGAACAUCUCAAGACCUGCCACAGCCUGGACCGCAUCGAGCUCUAUGACUGCCAACAGAUCACCCGUGCCGGCAUCAAACGGCUCCGAACUCACUUGCCCAAUAUUAAAGUCCAUGCCUACUUCGCGCCCGUGACCCCGCCCCCAUCCGUUGGUGGGAGUCGCCAAAGGUUUUGCCGCUGCUGCAUUCUGCUAUGAUGUAACGACAAACCCCACCCCCCUCCUCUGAACCCAAAACCAUCCCUAUCCUCUCAACCCACCCAAAACCUCCCAGGAGAACCUGCCGGUGGGUCACCUAUCGGAGCUCUUGAGACAGAAAGAGGGAGACAAAAGGCCUCAUUUCCCUCCAAAACACACACCCAAACACACACUGACUUGCACAUUUAGACAUGUGUUCACUUGCUUUCUUCAACACCACUACAUUCCUGGCAUCUCCCUGGCUGUGUUCAGGACAUAUUUUGGUUUAGUAAAAGUUUACAGAACUCUUAUUCACCAAUUAAUGUUUUUUUUUUUUUUCUUCAAAUAAGACGCACUCACACACAUGCACACAAGAUAAUGAGCAGUUUGCUUGUCUCUGCACUUGGGGCAAGAACGGUUUUCUCUGAAGCAGGAUUUGGAUAACUAUAAGCCAAAAGUUAAAACUGUCCAAUAGGAUUGUUCUUACUGCUAAUUGUUUUUAACAUUUGCCUUAUUGCUGUCUGAUUUGGAAAUCCUGCUGUAAUAAUGAGAAUGUAAUAUUUAUUCAUGUAUGCAAAUUUUGGUCUAUUGAGUAGAGAGAUUUGUGAUGCAAAACGAUUAUAAUUUAGUCCAGUGCUCAAUUGAGCCGAUAUAUUUAAAAUGCAUUAAUACAAAACUGAUGACCACUACCGUAGACUAAAUCACCGUGGCGACAAAUCGUCACGGUAACCACUGUCUUGUGAUAGAUCACCACUGAAAAAGCUUCAGAGGUGACCUGAGAAUUAGAAUUCAAAAACUACCUCUGCGGAGUUGCGUACUUUGAAACGUAAAUUCACUCUCCAGGUCACAGAAUCUGAACACAGCCCGGGUGACACCCACUGCAGUUACACUGCCUGUCCCAGUGCCCUUACACACGCACACACACAAACACACACACACACACAAACACACUGAUUUUAGGAUUUGUGCUGAAGUCUUUGGAGGGAGACUUUGACCUGUUCCCUUAAAAAAAUGACACCCCCACCCCAGCAAUCUUCAAGCCCCUGCAAAUAUUUAACCAACAUACGUCGGAAAUGGACAUAACACACAUAUACAGACACUCUCUCUCUCUCUCUCUCUCUCUCUUGCUCUGUCUCUCUCUUUCCUCACCAUCCCUCCCCCCUCCCCCUUUAAAUUGCAAUCAGAGGCUUGGUUGUAUCUAAAAGAGAAAGUUGACUAUUUUUCUAAAGCAUUGAACAGACUUAAUUGCAGGGGACUGGGGAAGAUGCCAAAAGAUGCAUGUUACAAAUCUAGUUUUUUUUUGUUGUUGAUUUUUUUUUGUUGUUGUUAAAUCGACAUCUAUAUAUGGAACGUGCUAUGAUGGGAGGGGCCUGGACCACGGAUGGCCAAUGAGCAGUGAGAGAGGACGGAACCCGCAUAUAGAAAAGCCUCACGCUUUUGUCUGAUGAUGACAAAACUGAACUCUGACAGGGCUCACCACACUGAGGUGUGUGUGUGUGUGUGUUUACGUACGUGAACGUGUACGUGUGCGUGUGUAUGUGUGCGUGUGAGAGAGAGAGAGAACGAGAGCAAAAACUGUCGAGGAGUGUAGCUUCACUUCAUCAGCAUGAAGUGGGCGGAUCAGAAAGUCCUUGUGGCCCAUUCAGACUGAUCAUCAUUUAGAUAAAAAAAAAACUAAAUAAACUUGUUACAGUGAAUAGUUCUGGAAUGACGGACCGGAUCAUAAAGGGUGGGGGGGAAAAAAAACAAAAAACAGCUGAUCCUGAAAACAAUCAAAGUGUUGUCGUUUUUCUCAGUUUUUUUUCUUUCUUUCUUUCAGUUCUGGUUAGGUACGUUCUGAUUUGUUAUACU